AUGAGUGAGGCACGCACACGCAAGAAGCUGAAGAAGGACCCCACAAAGAAGACACAAAGCGGCUCUCAAUCUACUAGGGGGAAUACGAAUGAGACAGCUGGCAGCCCGUCGUCUUCCUUCUCGACCACGUUCAUUUUAUUACCCAUUUUUCUCGCUGCUAGUGCCUAUUUCUAUCUGAACCCCUCGUUCCUUAUAUCAUUUCUAGAUGAAUUUAUUGGAUUUUCUGAGCAUUACGAUGGCGCUCCGGUAGCUCAUCAACCAAAAUUAACAUACCUACCUGCAGACAUAGAAAAACGCGACGCAGUGGUGGAAGCAUUCAAACACUCCUGGCAUGCUUACGAGCGAAAUGCAAUGGGAAAUGACCAAUACCAUCCUCUAAGUCAGCAAGGCUCAAACCUUACAGCAGCAGGGGGCAUCGGAUACAUGGUCGUCGAUGUGAUUGACAGUCUGCAAAUAAUGGGCCUUCAGGACGAAUACUCCCGCGCUCGAACCUGGGUAGCAGAGAAACUUACUUUCGAGCGCGAUGACAGGUUCAGUACUUUCGAGACCACCAUACGCGUCCUGGGCGGCCUUCUCUCAGCAUAUCAUCUUUCAAAAAACGAUCCACUAUUCCUCAACAAAGCUACCGAACUUGCUGACAGAAUGCUUCCCGUAUUCGACACACCGUCCGGAGUACCCCUGCCAGUUAUCAACCUCGCUCAGCGCAAAGGAUAUCAAACGGAAGACUUUCCUGGAGUCACCAGUAUCGCUGAGAUAGGAACUUUGCAGCUUGAGUUUCGAUAUUUGAGUCAACUGACGAGGGACGCUAAGUAUUGGCAAACAGUGGAGAAUGUGAUGGAGGUGAUACGCCACGCUAGACUUCCGCAUGGGCUUGCGUCUGUAUUUGUGAACAUUGAAACAGGUCAAUACGAAACUUCUGUGAUUCGGCUUGGAUCUCGGGGAGACUCAUUCUACGAAUAUUUGCUCAAGCAAUACCUUCAAACAAACAAUAACGAGAAGAUUUACCUCGAGAUGUACGAAGACGCAAUGGAUGCAGUUCACAAUCACCUACUCCGAAAGAGCAUGGGUAACCAAAUGACAUAUACAUCUGAACUCGUCCCGGAAGACGACGAAAAUGGCGACCUAACUUGGCGCCUCACACCGAAACAAGACCACCUCGUCUGCUUCCUUGGUGGCUCAUUGAUGCUGGGAGCCACGCGCGCAGGUGCACUGGUAGAGAAGGUGUCUAUCCCUCCCCAACCAGACGAGCUUUCCGAGAAAGGGAAACGCGAUUGGAAUACUGGCGUCGAGCUUAUCAAAACAUGUAUGAACACCCACGAUACCGCUACGGGACUGUCACCUGAGAUCGUGUACUUCCGCGUACCCAGCGAUGGCAUGGACGCGUAUCCACAAGCCCCGACCGAUUGGUACAUUCGAGGGGCAGCUGCUGGCGAAUUCCCUCCAUAUGACGCGAGAUAUAUGCUGCGUCCGGAAACGGUCGAGUCCCUCUUUCUCGCAUAUAGGCUAACGGGAGACCGGAUAUACCGCGACUAUGGAUGGGGCAUCUUCCGCUCCAUCGAAAAGCACUGUCGAGUGCCGACUGGAGGGUAUGCAACCAUCGUCAAUGUUGACGAAAACCCAGUUCGACAGGAGGAUAUCAUGGAGACAUUCUUCCUGAGCGAAACCUUAAAAUACCUGUAUCUGUUGUUCUCCGACUCAAAUGUGAUACCCUUGGAUCGUUACGUUUUCAAUACAGAGGCACACCCCUUCCCCAUUUUCGAUCCUGUAGCAAUUUGA